AUGGUGCCAAUCAGUCGCCUGAAGGGAAUUGAGAUGCAGAUUUCAGGCGCUGUUUUCAAACUGAGGAGCGUGAAAGUGAUUCCGCAUGGGAGAAAUAAAGUGACUCACUUUAGAUUCCUUUUCGAUUGCCGAACCCCUCUGAUUGGGGAUGAUCCCCUCUUCGUGUCAGCACUACCACUGGUCGACUUUACCCAUGACGCGCAGGCUUUGUCCGUUUUGCCGAAAGGAAUGGAAAUGCAAUUCUCACUGGCCGCAGUCAUCCACGGUGAGGCAACGUUCAACGUUCUGAACGAAAGCGCGCUGCGAAAACUGAAAAAGCCAAAAGCAUUCCUUGAAGAAUGUAGGCGGAACAAGGAAGAUGUGAAAAUGUCAUUCGCGUUCGAGGCGGAUUACGCUCCCAGCAAUUUGCGCUAUAACUUUCGGAUUCCUGAAGAACACAAUCACAAUGACUACAACGCUGACGUUCAUCUUACCGAAAUGCACCAGGUUCGGUCCUUCAAUUUGCGACUGGAGCAGAUGCUGGAGCAACUCAUUUGUGAAGUGGAUACGAGUCUGCCUCUUCUUCUUCCAGAGUAG